CAGAAAGUUUGUGCAAUCAAUUCUGGAGCGAAGUGCUCACACGCGCGCCGAUAGUGGGCUCGAAGUUAAUGUUUUUUUUUGUUCCGAGUUGAGUCGUGUUGCAAGUUUGAGGGAGUUCAGCUAUGUUUGGGAUGAUAAAAAACUCACUGCUCAGUCACACUGAACACAGACCGUGUCACACUGUCAGCUCAGACACCAAGGGAGAGUUGGAGUACGAGGAGAGGAAGUACGAGCCUGGUAACUAUGCCACUAUAACCAUCAGAGGAAAGCCGUUCGACGAGAGUUCGGGCGAAGGCGUGGUGAAGUUGCUCAAGUACCUGGGAGGGAACAACGGACAAGGCCUGCAGUUAGGAAUGACCACCCCAAUCAGCAUGAAGGUCCACCCAAGUGAGGACGGCGGCCUACAGCCCUCCAAUGAGAUCUAUGUUCGCCUCCCCAGCAAAUACCAGGAGAACGUUCCCAAGCCAACGGAUGAGGGCAUCGAGAUCAAAUGGCAGGAGGGGUUCACGGUCUACUCCACGCAGUUUGGUGGCUACGCCAAAGAGGCCCAGUUCGUUGAGUACGCGACAAAGCUGCGUACCGCGCUGGGCGAUGCCGUGCCCUACCAUCACGACCUCUUCUACUGCGUCGGCUAUGACCCGCCCAUGAAGCCUGUCGGCAGGAGGAAUGAAGUGUGGUUUUUGAAGAAGGACGACGGGGCAUCGGGUGUGCAGUCGAAUUGACAGUGAAUGGAGUUCCUGUGCCUUGAACUGUCUCUAGGGGGAGCUGAGACAGGUCAUCAGUCGCAGGGUCAGGGGAGAGAAGCGUCUCACUGAAUAGAGCUAAAACUCAGGGUUUGUUUAGUUCAUCAAGAUGGCUGAGUUUGUAAUUGAAACGUCGGUUAUAAUCAAUAUCUGUUAUAAUUGGUUAUAAUCGAUACCCUUACCCGGCUGAAAGUCUAAGAAGAGUUUAUUCUCUUCUCAGAAAGCACUAAAUCCUUUAUAAUUAUUAUAAUUAUAAUUACUAUGCACUAAAUCUUUUAUAAUUAUCUUUGUCAUGGGUAGCAAGAACACUGAAAUGCAAACUGCCUUUCAAGCAGUAGUUAUGUGAAAUAUACUCACACAAAGUUUUGUUGUGAUCACUACUCCCUUUUGAACUAAUCUACAGAAUAAACUAUUAUCAUA